CGGGAAGCCGCAAUCACUUCUCCGUCAUGGCGGCCCGUGUCCUGCAGCAGUGUGUCCGCACGCUGGCCCGGCCCUCGCUGAGGCUCUCCUCCGGUAACGCGGCAGUCAGAGCCGCUGUCGCCCCGUCAGCCGCCGUCCACCGACCUCUGACCUUCGCCGCCGACAGCCGGGGGCCGCGGUUGCUCCUCCGGAGCCGGGUCCCCUCAGUGGGCGUGUUGUGCAGACAGUACGGGGACCUGCCCCCCCUCACCCUAGAAACCAUCAAAGACCGCGUCCUGUACGUCCUGAAGCUCUAUGACAAGAUCAACCCCGAGAAGCUGCAGACCACCUCCCACUUCAUGAAAGACCUGGGCCUGGACAGCUUGGACCAGGUGGAGAUCAUCAUGGCCAUGGAGGACGAGUUUGGCUUUGAGAUCCCCGACGGCGAGGCGGAGAAGUUGAUGAGUCCCGAGGAGAUUGUACAGUACAUCGCAGACAAGAAGGACGUGUAUGAAUAACUUCACAGAGGUUGGUCGACCCCGGCGUGACCCCACAGGAAGCAAAUUCCCCUGGCUCCUCUGUCCAUUACGGCAUCGUUGAAGUCAAGCUGCCGUGUUUUGUGUUUGACUGUAUUUAAAUGUUUUUUCGGAGCUCGGAGGUAAACAAAAUAUGGCUAUAACACAGGUUUGAUUGACUUCUUUCUCCCAGCUCCACAACGUGGUUCCAAUGUAUAAUUUCUCAAAUAGAUCAAUAAAUACACAUGUUGUAUA